GCGUGGGUCCCUUCGAGUGUUUUCCUCCAGAAUUUUAUUUUGAAGAUGGCACGGCGCUGCGAGGGUUCGGCGACGGACGCCAUGGCCACGGUGUCCGGCCCAACCGAUCGCGCAAAUGCCAUGGGCCAGUUCGGCGCGUUGCGUGCGUGACACGGCAACGGGUAGCGGAUUUGAUCUGUCGAGUUGGGAUUCAAACUGCGUUUGGGAGGAAGCUGGCCGUGUAGUUCAGCUACGCGACGACCAUGUCCUCCGCCGCAGCCGCCGGAAGUGCUACCGAGAAGCGCUACUUCUGCCACCAGUGCAGCCGGACCUUCACCGCGACCGCCGCCGAUGGCACCGGCCUCAUCUGCGCCCAUUGCCAUGGCGACUUCGUCGAAGAGUUCGACCUCCCUUACCCCGAUUCUAACCCUAACCCUAGCCCCGAUCCCGAUCCCGACUUGCGCUUCUCCAUCGACGAUUCGGACGCCUUCUCCGCCAUACCGUCGCUUCUCUCCGCCCUCAUCGACCUCGCCGCUGCUGGCCCCAGUCCCACAGUUGAGAAUCCGUCCGACGACGUCGACGGUUCGCCGAACAGCCCCGUAUCCGUCCUCAGGGGCCUUCUUCAGACCCUUUCCCUCGGACUCCCCGGUGCCCACGAAGGGCGAACCUUCGUGGGCAACAUUGGCGACUAUUUCGUUGGCCCGGGGUUGGAGCAGCUGAUCCAGCAAUUGGCCGAGGACGAUCCCAACCGGUACGGCACACCGCCAGCAUCCAAGUAUUCCAUGGAGUCCCUUCAGGACGUCAAGAUCACGGAGGGAUUGUUGCGGUCGGACGAGUCCCAGUGCUCGGUUUGUUUGGACUCUUUCGAGACUGGCGUAAUAGGAAAGACGAUGCCAUGCCGUCACAUCUACCACAAGGAAUGCAUCCUCCCAUGGCUCGAGCUGCACAACUCAUGCCCUGUUUGUCGAUAUGAACUGCCUACGGAUGAUCUUGAUUAUGAACGUCGCAAGUUGCCUCAAUUCAAUCUAGUUGAUCAAGGUACUUCGUCAAUCGGGAGUGCUAUGGACGGGGAGCCUGAAGUUGAAGGAAGUUCAUCAGUGCAGACUCGGGAGUCUGGUGGUAAUGGGGAUCCUUUGUCAGAAACCCAUUGAUUUGAACGUUUGUGGUCCACCCACAUACAGGAGCAGAAUCGAAAUUGCUUUUUCGUCACAUAUACUAUCAGAAUUCAAGUUACAUAGGUGCCACCUUGCUGAAGGUAAUCACUAAGCCUCAUAUUAUCUGCUCCAAAGUCUCACCUUAUAUUGCCGAGGUACUUAUGUCAUAGAUAUCAAUUUAAUUAGUUCACAUGUAAUAACAAAAACAAUUUUUACACAUUGUAAAAUUAUUUGUGGAACCGACCAUUCUAGCUUAAGUCAAUGGUAAUUUCAAUGACAUGGAUUAUACACAACAAAUGCAAUUAUGCAUUUCAUUAAUGAGAAUUUCUACAAAUGUAUAAAGUUUUUUGGAUGGAUGUUUGAUUAUUCUGCAAUGUGAUCGAUCAGAGUAGAGUUAUGGUCAUCAGGAUGCUCGAGAACUGACAAUUUGGCUUCCUUUCUUUGCGAUGACAGUUAACUUUGUUUGCUUACAGUCUAACCAAUUCUUCAAAUCAGUUUAUGGGAGACUUUGAAAGACACGUUUGCUCUAAUAUGUAAUCAUCUGCUAGCUGUACAAGAAACUGUUGGUUCUUGAGUUCUGACUCGUUAAACUGGCUUAUGUUAGGAAUUGACUGAAAUGUGCUUGGUUAGUUUAUCCGUCUUGGGGUGCGCCCUUCAGCCUGAUUAUUUGGAUGGAUUAAGUUAAAUACGGGACAGGAAGUGGAAUGGGGAGGGAACACAAAAAGAACAUUGGUGAUUACUACUUUUUCAUUUGAAAAGCUUGGUCUUUCUUUUCUCUAGUCCCCUCUUAUCUUGCAUUCAUCCACUCAACCAAACACUCUCUGAGCAUAGCUCAUUUACUGAUGUUUUCAUUAGAACUCAUAAUGUCACAGAAUCUUCUUAUGUCGGAGUCUUAUCACUGUCAUCUACAUGUUCACUUGUCUUGUUUAGUCUAUAUGAUCUGCCGGACUCUUCUUGCUCAAAUUUUUUAGAUUUUCUCGACCUUUCUAGCUUAUGAUAGUCAUGCUCAAUUCAUUUUGCUUGCCUAUUUUAACUGUGUUCUUGGUACGGUUGAUAGUAUUGACUCUGUUGAUUCACACAUGAAUACCAGAAUUUGAUACCAACUGCAGCAGAUACUAUCAACUCUGUUGAUUCGCACAGAAUAUUGGAAUUUGAUACCAACUGAUGCAAUGGACACUAUCGAUUCCGUUGAUUCACACAUGAAUACCGGAAUUAACACUUCUACAACCUGCUGAUUCGAAAAAGAAUACUAGACAAUAGAAAAAAAAAAUACCUUCUUCCAAGGAGACAAUGGUUCAAAAUAGAAUUAAACAAAAUUCCCCUCAAAACAACUAAACAUGAUGAAUAUAUAUACCACAACCCUAAAUAUGCAAAAGGCUAAAAUACCCUCAAAAUCUAACUCAGCAAAUAUAAUAAAAAAAUACUAAAAUUACUCUUUUGUUUCUGCAUCAUGGUAGCAAAAGGCGAAUAUGCUCGCCCCCAGCGCCUCCGUUCUUUUGUUUCUGCAUCAUGCUUCAUAUGGUGGAGAAAAUUCACCCUCGAAUUUAGAAUAACAUAGGAUGAUAGCCACAUCUAACAUUAAUUUGGUAAAAUCUACUAUUGUCAGUUGUUUGACUUUGGAAUUCCUUGUUGAUCCACCGAUGAUCAUGACAUCGUGGAUACUAUUCUUGUCCAUCUUCGCAGCACUCAUGCACUUCUCCACUGUCUCCUUCACUUCUUCUCAUCUACCAACCUUGGGAGUACAAAUUCACCAUGAGAAGGUGCACUCAAGCUCACUCUCCGGCAGGUUUUCAAAGGCAAGUCACCCGAGCUCAACAUCACCAUGUAUCGUUGCUCCAUUGAGCAACGUGCACCACGCCUUGCAGUUUGGCUCAAGUGAUAUCAUUUCAAUGAACUCAGUAGCCUCUUUUAACAUAUCUCUCAAGUAGGAGACAUCUUUAUGACGUCCAUCAACAACAUGCAACUCUACCAACGCUAAUGCAACUCCUAGAAAGCCAGGUUCAAGUCGUGCCUUCUUAGCGCCACUAGAACUACUAGCAUGAAUAUCUCCAGCCAACUCGAGAGCUUUUGCAGACUGAGGUAUUAUUUUCAUUGCUUCCCGUGCAGUAAAAAGUAUCUCCUUAUUUUGGCAAACUGUGGUUCUGCAGACUCUUUACCAAGACAUAAUACAAAAUUUUGAAUCUCAGACAGUGCAUUCUUAACUUCCUGAUUUAAGAAAUGUUUAUCAUCAUGGAAUGAAUUGUUCUCCUUUUCAGAAUAAAUACGGAUAUUAAUAAGCUCA